GGUACCAUUUGGACCUCUUCGUGCGCGGAGCACUGACUCUUCCCGUCUGCGCUGUUCUGGGCUUGCCACUGUCCGUGGCUUCCACCGUGCCCAGCAUCACGCACGUGAUCUCCCUGACCACGUAUGAGGUGAAGCAGCUGCCAGAGGGGGUGCUCAUCGGAUGUGCGCUGUUCCUGGCCCCAGUGCUGAAGUUCCUGCCGCGGGCCGUGCUGCAGGGCGUCUUCUUCUACAUGGGUAUCGCCUCCCUGACUGGCAACAACCUCUUUGACCGACUCUUCCUGUGGCUCAUCUGGGACUCGGCCAAGUACCCGCAGUACCACUACAUCCGGAAGCUGCCCAUCAGCCGCGUCCACCUCUACACCUUUGUGCAGCUGAUCUGCUUGGCAAUCCUCUACGGCUUGAAAGCAAUCAAGGAAACUUCUGUUGUUUUCCCCUUCUUCAUGGCCUCCCUGGCCAUCAUCCGCAAGGGCCUGCGCUGGAUGUUCACCGAGGAGGAGCUGCGGCUGCUUGACAGCCUGCCGGACGAGGACGACGACGGCGAGGUGCUGAGCUCGGAGAAGCCGGACUUGAUGAACCUCGAGAAGCAGAAGGAGGGCGAUAAUGCCGAGGUGGAGAUUUGA